AUGGCAAAUCAAAAUUACAAGGGCCAUGGACUGCCAAAGGGGAAAGAGCGAGAGCAAAGAGCAUUGAUCCGGUUCAAGACCACUCUUAUGAAUACUCUCAUGGAUGUCCUUCGCCACAGGCCAGGAUGGGUGGAAGUGAAAGACGAAGGGGAGUGGGAUUUCUACUGGUGUGACGUCAGCUGGCUCCGGGAGAACUUUGACCAUACCUACAUGGAUGAGCACGUGCGCAUCAGCCACUUCCGGAACCACUAUGAGCUGACCCGUAAGAACUACAUGGUGAAGAACCUGAAGCGGUUCCGGAAACAGCUGGAGCGGGAGGCGGGGAAGCUGGAGGCGGCCAAGUGCGACUUCUUCCCCAAAACCUUUGAGAUGCCCUGUGAGUACCACCUGUUCGUGGAGGAGUUCCGCAAAAACCCAGGAAUCACCUGGAUCAUGAAGCCUGUGGCCCGGUCUCAGGGGAAAGGCAUCUUCCUCUUCCGGAAACUGAAGGACAUCAUGGACUGGAGAAAGGGCACUGUGGGGAAGAAGCUCACCAGCAUGGAGACCCUGCCCCCCCGCAGCACUAUCAAUCCAUCUGGUAGCCAUGACACAAGAACUUCUGAUGACCAGAAAGAUGAGACACCCGUGGAGAGCUAUGUGGCUCAGCGUUACAUCGAAAAUCCCUACCUGAUAGGAGGCCGCAAAUUUGACCUGCGUGUCUAUGUGCUAGUGAUGUCGUACAUCCCGCUGCGGGCCUGGCUCUACCGGGAUGGCUUCGCCAGAUUCUCCAACACCCGCUUCACACUGAGCAGCAUUGACGACCAGUAUGUUCACCUCACCAAUGUCGCUGUACAAAAGACAUCUCCCGACUACCACCCAAAGAAGGGCUGCAAGUGGAUGCUGCAGCGCUUCCGGCAGUACUUGGCAUCCGAGCAUGGCCCCCAAGCUGUGGAGACGCUCUUCAGGGACAUGGACAACAUCUUCGUCAAGAGCCUGCAGAGUGUGCAGAAGGUGAUGAUCAGCGACAAGCACUGCUUUGAGCUGUACGGCUAUGACAUCCUCAUUGACCAGGAUCUCAAGCCGUGGCUCCUGGAGGUCAACGCAUCCCCGUCACUGACAGCUAGCAGCCAGGAGGACUACGAGCUGAAGACGUGCCUGUUGGAGGACACUCUGCAUGUGGUGGACAUGGAAGCCAGGCUCACAGGAAGGGAAAAGCGAGUUGGGGGCUUUGACCUCAUGUGGAAUGACGGCCCUGUCAGCGGAGAAGAGGGAGCUCCUGACCUGUCAGGGAUGGGAACCUGUGUGACCAACACACACCUGGGCUGCAUCAAUGAUCGAAAAAAACAGCUGAGGCAGCUCUUCCGCUCCCUUCAAGUGCAGAAGAAAGCUCCCAGCUGACCCCAGCUGCUGUGAGAAAGAGGCCCUGGAAGGUGCCGCCCUGGCCUCUCCCUGCUCCGUUCCAGCACAGUGCACCUCACAGUAUUUGCCUCCUCCAGCCUGGCAGCAGCUUUGCUGGCUAAGCAGCUGCUGCUUGCUGCUUGGACCACGUACCCAGAUCCCCCACACCCUCGGGCAUCUUUGCACCAGGAGACAGCCAAUCCCUGGGACUAGAUGGGUUAACCUUGACAGACUGGCUGGUGACUGGCCCCAAAGAGGACAAAUGCAGCAAGUUCUGCCACCCAGGGAUCACAUCUAAUAAACAAGCAAAGGCCUUCCUUGGAGUCACUGGGCACUGGGCCUGGCUCAGGGCAUACUGUUGGCUGCAGCCAAGUUGUCCAGCUCUGGCAUUUUGAUGUCUCUCGGGUCAUGCUGAAAGGGCCCCUGGGGCUAGGGAACUUGUUUUUAAGCCAUUUGUGCAAAGCAAGCAGUUAUGAGGUUUGCAUGUUUACUGGGGCACUUUGGGGCAGUGCUGAGUCCUGAACAUAUCCUCUCCUCUCUGCAACACCCCAACCUUGUGUGUCAGGGAGACCCACAGGGAGACCCACAGACCGACCCCUGCCCCCACCACUGCCAUCUGAAGACUACUUGGAUGAGGUGAGGACUGAAAAUGCAGAGCUGCAUAGUGAGGAUCUGCAAAAAUGCAUUCAAGUCAAACAGAGUGCCUGGUCGGCUCAGGCACCUUUCUGAGGCUUCCUGUUUGAGGUUGAGAGCUGAGCUUUUUAAAUCAGAAAGCCUUGGGCUCACAGGCAAGAUGCCUUAGGGAGCUGGGUGCAAAUAAAACUUUCUGCACUUCCCCCACAUUCUUGCAUCCCAUUCAGAAGCCUCCUCUUGGUUUGAGGGAGUGCAACAAGCCUGGGCUGGUGGGCAAACCGCUUCAUGGGGAUCUACCACUUCCCUCUGCUUGGGGAAGUCCUUUUCGAUGCAAAUGACAGAGUCUGACUGCCUAGCAUAAGCUCAGGUGCUUUGAGGAGGAAAAUACUAGCAAAUCCAACAAGUCAGCUGGCCUUUAGAAGGCCAGGAGCCAAGCUACUCUGGACCUUCUGACUCCAGAGUGCAGGGACUUUCUUUCAACCCUGGAAGUGAAACAAGUGGGGCAACCCCAGGCAUGGGCUCCAGGUUCCGCAUUUCCAGGAUAAAAUAACUGAUUGGCUCUUUGGCCUAGCACC